AUGGUAGCUUACGUUUUGCGGAAGGACGGCGAGGACGACAGCUGGGAGUCUCUUGUGCCGUACGUUAAGAAGUGUAAGUCUUUUGUGAACAACACAAGAACGAGGAAUGAGGAAACAAAUGCUCCACUAGAGCUCAUCUCAAACCGGCACCUCAAUCGCCACCUCACUUCUCUACCGCAUCCUCUCUACCUCCCACACAAUAACCUCACUCUCAGUCGCAUUACCGCUAGCAAGGCGAUCACACCGCUCCAGUAA